AUGGGUGCCGAAGCUUUCGAUGCUGCCACCUUCGCUGCCGCGAAGAACAACCUCAAGAAGGGUGGUGCCCCCGCCGCUAAGAAGGCCGCUGAGCCCUCCAAGGAACAAAUUGAUGUACAACUACUGACUUCUUGCUUUUUUUGUUUAGAUGACUAUCUUGUUUUUGGUAGUUCUACAUCUUCUACUACAACGAUGAACUACCAUUUUCUAUUUCUUGAGACACACAAUAAUAAAACACACAAAGAUGAUCACAACAAGAAUUCUCAUACACAAAUUCCAUUCUCCACUCCACACGACAGGCCAUCGCGAAGUUGUACACCAAGCACAAGGGUGAUUUGA